UAUAAAUCCCAGACCCUCUUCGCAUUUCGCAAUCUAUCACUGUAAACUCAUCAUUGCACGAACAUAUCAAGAACAGACCAAUUCCAUCUCUAUCUCACCUAUACACACACACUCUCAUGGCUGCUCUCGCGCACCAAAUCGGCUGUGGCUUAAAAAGUCCAUCUCUCUGGCCGACCCAUCUCUCCAAAAAAGCCAUCUACAAGAAAAACAGCUCUUCUCAGAGGCCUUACAUUGUGAAAGCGGCAGUGACAGCCCCAGGUGUGAGUGUGCCCACACCACAAACAAGAGAGAGAGCUAGGCUCAAAGAAAUGUUCGAAGAUGCCUACGAGAGGUGUCGGACAAACCCCAUGGAAGGCGUUGCGUUUAAUCUUGAGGAUUUUCAUCAUGCUAUUCAGGAGUAUGAUUUUAAUUCUGAAAUUGGCACCAAGGUCACAGGAACAGUAUUCAACACAGAUGCUAAUGGAGCACUGGUAGACAUAACUGCCAAAUCUUCAGCAUACUUGCCUGUUAGAGAAGUUUGCAUUCACGACAUAAAGCAUGUGAAAGAGGCAGGAAUAGUUCCUGGUUUACGUGAGGAGUUUGUAAUUAUUGGUGAAAAUUCCAACGACGAUAGUCUGAUCUUGAGCUUACGGUCCAUCCAGUAUGACCUUGCUUGGGAAAGAUGUCGACAGCUUCAGGCUGAAGAUGUUGUCGUCAAGGGUAAGGUUGUUGGUGCUAACAAAGGCGGAGUUGUCGCAUUGGUUGAAGGCAUUCGUGGAUUUGUUCCCUUCUCGCAAAUAUCAACAAAAUCACCUGCAGAGGAGCUAAUAGAGAAGGAGAUUCCACUAAAGUUUGUUGAGGUAGAUGAGGAACAAUCUAGGCUUGUUCUCAGUAACCGGAAGGCCAUGGCAGACAGUCAGGCUCAGCUUGGAAUUGGAUCAGUUGUUAUUGGAACUGUACAGAGCUUGAAACCAUAUGGUGCUUUCAUAGAUAUUGGUGGAAUCAAUGGGCUUCUUCAUGUUAGUCAGAUCAGUCAUGACCGUGUCUCGGACAUCGCAACAGUCUUUCAGCCUGGUGACACUCUCAAGGUCAUGAUACUGAGUCAUGACCGUGAAAGAGGGCGAGUUAGUCUUUCUACUAAAAAGUUGGAACCUACACCUGGAGACAUGAUUCGCAAUCCCAAGCUAGUAUUUGAGAAGGCGGAGGAGAUGGCACAGACAUUUAGGCAGAGAAUUGCGCAAGCUGAAGCCAUGGCUCGUGCUGACAUGCUAAGAUUCCAGCCUGAGAGUACGCUUACUCUUACCCCUGAUGGGAUCCUCGGUCCACUUUCUUCGGACUUGCCUGCAAUAGGCUUGAAUUUAAAUGAUAUUCCUCUAGCUGAAGAUUGAUGGUGAUGAACGUCAGUUCAACUAGUCCAAAUCACCUCCUAAGAGUAUGUAAGCCGGUGUUUUGUAUUGGUAGUUAAAUAGCUAGAUAUAUAUUGUAUCAACAAUCUUGUAGCGGCCUCCUCGCCAUCGUGUUCAUCCCUUGGUAUUUGCUAGUAUUUUCUAUUGCUGUCUGCUUUUUUGUAAAUUAAACAUUCAUAGUUUUACAUAAAUAGGGGUGAAUUAAGCA